AUGCCUACCUUCUCCAGCACCCUCAUCCCUCUCCUCCUCCCGGCGGUCACCUUCGCCGUCCCGACCAUUAUCCGCACUCAGUCCACCGAGACCAUCCCAAACUCCUGGAUCGCCCGCCUCGUCCCAGAUGCCGGCCUGCCCGAUGCUCUCAGCUCCGUCUUCUCCACCGCAGGUAUCGAGUCCAAGCUAAACUACACCAUCGGCUCCGUGACAGGUUUUGCUUUCGAUGGUGACGAUGCUGUCCUCGACGCUCUACAAAGCCUCGGCGAGAUCGAACACGUCGAACCAGACGUGAUCAUGCGAGCGAGCGUGCCGAUCGGAUUCUUCGAUCCUCCUGUCUACAGGCCCAGCGUUGUCAAUGGGACGAACACCACGGCUCCCAGCAACAGUAGCAGCGACUUGGUGACGCAAGAGAACAGCACUUGGGGCCUGGCCAGGAUCAGUCACAAAGACGCGGGAGCAUCGGACUACGUUUACGACGCUUCGGCCGGCGAGGGCACCUUUGUUUACAUCAUCGACACAGGCAUCAACUCUGCACACGAAGAAUUUGCUGGCGGGAGAGCCGUGCUCGGCCAAUCCUUCGUCGAUGACUCCGACGGCGAAGACGACCAAGGUCACGGCACGCACUGCGCGGGUAUGGUCGGUGGAACAACAUACGGCGUCGCCAAAAACACAACAAUAAUAGCCAUCAAAGUCCUCGACGCCUCGGGCUCAGGCUCCACCUCCACGGUCCUCAAAGACGGCGAAUGUGUUGGUGCAGAACGGGAGUGGCUUGUAGAUAUUGGGGUGGGAGGGAAGGGCUGCUGGACGGCUUCUGGGGGAUAUUGA